AUGACCGUCUACAGGCAUCGGAGGCGUAUCCAAUAUAUUAGCCUCUCAAACAGCGAUGACGAUCUUGCCAUCGACACCUCUCUCAGUUUCUUGCGCAAGUUAUGGAAUAUGGAGGUGAUCAGCUCCUCCAAUGGGCUGCUCCUCUGCCGCUCGUGGGUCCGAGAAAUCGACUCCAUAUCUCCUCUAAUCUAUGGCGACUUCCACGCUAUAUCCCUCUACGUCUGCAAUCCCGCCACUAGAGAGUGGGCUGUCCUCCCUGAAGAAGAUGAUAUCUACGGGUACCUUGCUUUGGGCUUCGAACCUCGCCUCUCCCACCACUACCAUGUCCUCCGCUUCGGCGGCGACGACGACGGGAUCCCUAGGUUUAGGAUCUUCUCGACUAGGACAAACCAGUGGGUGGAGAGCGAAGUCUCUUAUGGCAGAACGUAUAACAGCCUACAGGCUACUUUCACCAAUGGGAUUUUCUAUGUUGCAUACGGUCUAAACCAAGUCUGGGGAAUUGAUCCAGAGGGAAAGGUUUGCCACAGAAUCGAGCUGCCUGAGUCCGAUGGCAUGGACUGUCUUGGACACUCAGGGGGUUAUUUGCAUUAUAUGCUGCGAAGCAAGGGUAAGAUAAAGGUGUGGAUGCUUAAGGACUACUGUCAUGUCGAUUGGAUCUUCAAGCAUUGCAUUAAUGUCAGAGCUAUGUUACAGAAACAUGGGAUCCCUGAAACACCUUAUGUUUAUGUCACAGAAUUUCAUCCAGAUGUGGAUGCUAUUUUCCUUCGAAUAGAUGACAACAUCUUCUCAUAUCACUUAAAUAGUGGUAGAUUGGAAGAAGUCUACAACUUGCCUGAUACAAGCGGUCUAGAAUGUGUUGCGUAUUCACCCACUAAUCGAAGGGGUUUGGCGAUGAGGUUGUCUGAUGGGAUGGACGAGGGACAGGCUUAUGCACGACUCAUGGCAACAGAUCAUAACGUGUUAGAGGUUCGUAAAAUUUACUAUCUAUUGUCUUUUUGUUUUUAG